AUGACAGUUCCUGCGAUACAGGCGACGGCGAUACCGCGAUUUCUCCUGCCGCAACUAUCAUGGCCCGCGCGGGUGUCACGGCCGGCUGCGCUGGGCGCACUGGAACAAAGUCGGCAUAGAUGCAGUGUAGCUUCCGAACGUCGCGCUGCCUUUCCGAAGCCAUUGUCACGAACAACAAUCCAGUGGCCAAAAACAUCACCACGAUAUGCAAGCGGCUAUGCGUCUGCCCUGGAGCUACGGCGCAACUUCAGCGCGACUGCACGGCAAUCCAAGGACCAUCACUUCGACACGCUCAAGUUUGUGCAGCGACUGAAGGAGGAGGGGUUCACAGAAGAGCAAGCCGAGGGCAUGAUGAGGGUCCUCAGCGAUGUAAUUGAGGAGAGCAUACAAAACCUUACGCGCACCAUGGUCCUUCGCGAAGACCAGGAGAAAGCCACCUACACGCAGAAAGUCGACUUUGCCAAACUCCGCUCCGAACUCAUGACGGCCGACUCGACUGAAUCGAGUCUGACGCGCGCAUCGCACGAGCGCCUCACAAACGAGCUUGCAAAGCUGAACUCACGCUUACGGGACGAGAUACAACGGACACAGGCGUCAGUACGGCUAGACUUGAACCUGGAGAAGGGACGCAUAAGGGAGGAGGCAAACGUGCAGGAACUCAAGCUGAAGGAGACCGAGACGAGGAUCGAGCAGGAGACGGCGCAGCUGCGGGAGAGGCUCGAGGCGGUCAAGUUCUCAACGCUGCAGUGGCUCAUGGGUGUGUGUACGGGUACGGCGGCGCUGAUGUUGGGUGUCUGGCGGUUGUUAAUGUGA